GGGCAUCUUGGAGGACACUUGUUUGCGCCGCUCCAGGUGCUGUUCCACGUGCGUCCAGCAGGGGCCGCUGGCGUCGCCCAGGCUCAGCGCGCAAAGCAGGGGACGCCCCGCGCAUGCUCAGUGGGCGCCCACUGGCUCGGGCCGCAGCUUCCCUAAACUCGGCCGAGCCUCCGUACGGCAGCCCGUCGGGGUCAAAAAGCCUGUCCCCUGCUCUCCGUCGCCCAAGUGGCCCGUCCGGACCGGCGAGUCUUCGCGUCUGAGCUGCUGCUGCUGGGCGGGAGGCAGGAGGAGCCGGGGCCCCGCGCGGAGUUGGGGCGCACUGGGGCCCGGGCCGGGUGAGAGGCCGCUGCAGCCCCGAUGUUGCGAUGGCUGAUCGGCGGAGCCCGCGAGCCCCAGGGACUGGCCGAGUCUCCUUUGCAGACAGUGGGUGAAGAACAAACCCAGAACCCCUACACGGAACUGCUUGUCCUGAAAGCUCAUCAUGAUAUUGUGCGGUUUCUGGUGCGGUUAGACGCGUACAGAUUUGCGUCUGCUGGUGAUGAUGGGAUUGUGGUGGUGUGGAACGCCCAGACGGGUGAAAAACUUUUGGAGCUCCAUGGACACACUAAAAAAAUAACAGCUAUAACUACACUUCCUUCCAUAGAAGCCUGUGAAGAGAAAAAUCAGCUUUUUCUGACAGCAUCUGCUGAUAGAACAGUCAUUGUAUGGGAUUGCAAUUCUGGUAGGCAACUUCAGCAAGUGUCGUGCUUCCAGUCCACUGUAAAGUGUCUAACUGUUCUUCAGAGACUAGACGUCUGGCUUUCUGGUGGGAAUGACCUGUGUGUGUGGAACCGAAACUUGGACCUCCUGUGCAAAACCAGUCACCUUUCCGACACAGGCAUCAGUGCUCUGAUUGAAAUACCUAAGAACUGUGUUGUGGCAGCAGUUGGCAGAGAACUGAUCAUUUUCAGGUUGGUAGCACCCGUGGAAGGAUCCCUGGAAUGGGAGAUCAUAGAGGUCAAGCGUCUGCUUGAGCACCGGGAUAAUAUCCUCUCACUGGUCAACAUAGACGAUUUGAGUUUUGUAACUGGCUCCCAUGUUGGGGAACUGAUCAUCUGGGACAGCUUGGACUGGACCAUGCAGGCCUGUGAACGCAAUUUCUGGGACCCGUCUCCACAGCUGGACACCCAACCAGAAAUAAAACUCUGUCAGAAACCAAAUGACACUGCCAUCCAUCAUUUCACAUGGGAUGAAGAGAAUGUGUUUGCUGCAGUUGGAAGGGGCUUAUAUGUGUAUAACCUUCAAACGAAGCGUGUGAUUGCCUGCCAGAAAACUGCGCAUGACUCCAGUAUCCUGCACGUCGCCAAGCUCCCGAACAGGCAGUUAGUCUCAUGCUCAGAAGAUGGCAGUGUUCGCAUUUGGGAGUUGCGAGAAAAACAGCAGCUUGCAGCUGAACCCGUACCAACAGGAUUUUUUAACAUGUGGGGAUUUGGAAGAGUGAACAAACAAGCCUGCCAGCCCGUUAAGAAACAACCAGAAAAUGCCAUCUCGUGUGCACUGGAGCUCAUCGGCGAUUUGAUCGGACACUCGUCCUCUGUGGAGAUGUUUUUAUACUUUGAAGACCAUGGACUAGUGACUUGCUCUGCUGACCAUCUCAUCAUCUUGUGGAAAAACGGAGAACGAGAAUCUGGACUCCGCAGCUUAAAAUUAUUCCAAAAGUUAGAGGAGAAUGGUGACUUGUACCGUCCCGUCUAGCGUAAGGACUCUGCGGGACACGUGCACGAACCCUGGGCAUCCAGUCUAGGAUGACACUCAGAAAAUAAAUCCUUAGCAUCUCAAUCUCU